AUGGUGCCUUCUCGCGUGGCGGGAGGGAUGCCACAAUCAUCUUCGAGCUCUGGAAUAUUUUUCCAAGGGGACGGGCAGUCUCAGGUUGCUGGCAAUUCACAGCCGAGUUCAAACAUCAGCAACUCCAUGCACUCCAUAUCCGGACGAGCACGUGUCAAUGUGGGCCCGCUGUCGGGGGACGUCGGUAAUGCGGUCCUCAACAGCAUGGCAACCUCAGCACCCAGCAUUGGGGCGAGCUCUCUGGUCACUGAUGCCAACUCGGGGCUCUCGAGCGGGCCCCACAUGCAAAGAACUGCGAGUUUCAACUCAGAGUCCUACAUGCGCCUACCCACUUCCCCACUCUCGUUCACAUCCAACAACAUAAGCAUCUCUGGUUCGUCCGUCAUCGACGGGUCCUCUGCCGCGCAGCAAAGCUCCAAUCAAGACCUGACACAAGCCCAGCAAAAUCAGCACUCGAGCACCACAUCAUUGCACGGGUCGCGGAUGGGGCAGGUCCAGAUCCCUGUUGGACCCAGGGGCCCGAAUUCUUUCAUUCAGGACCCGAACACCAUGUCCCAGAUUCAAAAGAAGCCCCGCCUGGACAUCAAGCAGGAAGAUGUUGUUCUGCAGCAGAUUUUGCAGAGGCAAGACUCGAUUUUGCAGAAUCCGAAUCCUCAGCUGCAGGCUCUGAUCCAGCAACAGCGAUUAAGGCAGCAGCAGCAGCAGCAAAGAGAACAGCUUCUUCAGUCUAUGCCGCCUAUGCAACGGGUUCAGUUACUGCACCAGCAACAGCAGCAGCAGUUGAGACAACAGCUUCUGCAGCAGCAGGGCGUGCAGCCAGGUUCGGGAAUAAAACGCCCAUAUGACGGUGGUGUAUGCUCACGUAGACUAAUGCAGUACCUCUAUCACCAGAGACAACGCCCGGCUGACAACAAUAUUGCCUAUUGGAGAAAAUUCGUGGCUGAGGAUUAUUCUCCACGUGCAAAGAAGAGAUGGUGUCUAUCACUUUAUGACAAUGUCGGACAUCAUUCGCUAGGAGUAUUCCCUCAGGCAGCAAUGGAUGCAUGGCAGUGUGACAUUUGUGGUUCAAAAUCUGGAAGAGGUUUUGAAGCAACUUUUGAAGUACUCCCAAGACUCGAUGAAAUUAAAUUUGGUAGCGGCAUUAUUGACGAGCUUCUAUUUCUGGACUUGCCUCGGGAAUGUCGAUUCCCAUCGGGAAUGAUGAUGCUUGAGUAUGCAAAGGCAGUUUCAGAAAGUGUGUAUGAGCAACUCCGUGUGGUUCGCGAGGGUCAGCUUCGCAUUAUUUUCACCUCUGAUUUAAAGAUACUAUCUUGGGAAUUUUGUGCACGUCGCCAUGAAGAACUUCUGCCUCGUCGAUUGGUUGCACCUCAGGUGAAUCAAUUGCUGCAGGUUGCACAAAAGUGUCAAAGCACGAUAUCUGAAAGCGGGCCUGAUGGUGUUUCCCAACCAGAUUUACAGGCAAACAGUGUGAUGUGA